GACUCGAUUCGCUCUUAUAUAAAAACAAUGUGCAACCACGAACUGCUAAACAAGAACGAAGAGAUUAUUCUCGGACGCGAAGUUCAGGUCCUUAUUCAGUACGAAGCGACGCGGGAACAACUCGAGGCUGAACUCUUGCGGCCUCCCACCUAUCAGGAGUGGGCGACCAAAAUACAACCCGAUAUGAUGGUUCCUGAUCUAAAGAAGCAAAUUCGUCGCUCGCUUCGCGCCAAGGCUGCCCUGACGGAAUCAAAUAUUCGACUCGUGGUAUCCAUUGCGAAACGCUACCAACACCGGGGACUGUCCUUUCAGGAUCUGGCGCAGGAGGGAAUUUUGGGAUUGACGCGUGCUUGUGAAAAAUUCGACCCGGAACGGGGAUUCAGGUUCUCGACCUACGCCUCGUGGUGGAUCAAGCAGUCCAUUAUGCGAGCUAUUGCCGAUCAGGGGCGAACGAUUCGUCUACCCGUGCACAUUCACGACCAAAUCAACGCUCUGAGGAAAGUGGAACGCGAACUUAAAGCCGAACUGGGACGAGACGCCCGUUUGGAAGAAAUCACGGAAAAGUCCACCUUGACGGCGGAGAAGAUUGAAUUUCUGAACCGUGUGUCACAGCAAGACGUAUCCAUGGAACAGGAACUCCGGACGUCAAAAUCCAAGGGAUCCAGUGCCGGGCUCGGUGGCCCUGACGGUGGCUUGACUCUCGGAGACGUCAUGGGCGAUCCCGAAGCCCAACCUGCCGAAGAAGCCUCCUACCAAAUGCUCAAAGACGAUAUUUCUCGAUUAAUAUGUACAUUGAACAGUCGCGAACAAGCCGUCAUCCGCAUGCGUUUUGGACUAGAUGAUGGAAAGGCCAAGACAUUGGAGGAGAUUGGACGCCGCUUUUCCGUGACUCGAGAACGGAUACGACAGAUCGAAUCUCGGGCGUUGCACAAGCUCCGCCAACCAUAUCGCAACCACGCGGUCAAGUGUUAUGUCAAGGAUUAUUCGUAA